UGUUAAAUGAAGAUUUCUAUGUUGAUGAUUGCAUGUCUGGAAGUGAUGACGUUCAAAAAGCAAUUCAGAUUAGCAAGGAUUUAAAAGAAUUGUUACGUAGAGGAGGAUUCGAGUUGAAGAAAUGGUCCUCUAAUAAUACUGAAUUUAUGCAAAGUUUAAAACCAGACGAAAGAACUACUAAAGCUCAUUUCGAUUUAAAACUAGAUGGAAUAAUUAAAGCACUAGGGGUUCAAUGGAAUUUAGGGAAUGAUCGAUUUGAAUACAACUUAGACUUACCUGAAGUCGAUGAAGAAAACAUUAUCACGAAGAGGAAUAUCCUCUCAGAUAUACAAAAGUUGUUCGACCCUUUAGGUUGGAUCGCACCUAGUAUUGUUCAAGCUAAAAUAUUAAUUCAAAAACUAUGGCUUGAGAAGGUUGAUUGGGAUGAGGAUCUUAACAUUUUUCUGAAAGAAGAAUGGUUGAAGAUUCGCCGAGAUCUUAUGAAUGUGAAUAACAUUUCUAUCGAUCGAUGGUUAAGUACUUCAUGCUCCAACAUGGAUACAAUUCAAAUUCAUGGUUAUUGUGAUGCUUCUAUUUUAGCUUACGCCGCCGUGGUGUAUUGCCUAGUUAAGAAAACGGACGGUUCAUAUAGAACAUCAUUAAUUGCAGCCAGAACUAGAGUGGCUCCCCUCAAGACAAUUUCGUUGCCAAAAUUAGAACUUUCUGGAGCUUUGCUUUUAUCCCGAUUAUUGAACCAAGUAGCACAGGCCAUGAGAAUACCGAUGGAAAGAGUUUUCGCAUGGACAGAUUCAUCUAUAGUCAUAGCUUGGUUGUCUGGUGAACCCACGAAAUGGAAGCCAUUUGUGGCCAAUCGUGUAGUAGAAAUUUUAGCAAAUCAUAAAAAAGAACAAUGGCAUCAUGUCCAGUCACAAGAAAAUCCAGCAGAUAUUGCAUCUAGAGGUAUGUUUAUCUCCGAUUUGAAACACUGCAACCUUUGGUGGAAAGGACCUACUUGGUUACAAAAAGGAGAAAUCAUCUUAACAGACGAGAACAUAUUUACAACAGAUCUAGAAAAGAAAAAGGAAAGAAUUAAAACUCUCAUAUUGACAAACAUUAAAGAAGAAAAAAGAUUUUCUGAAAAAUUUGAAAGAUUUACUACCUUAAAUGAACUAUUAAGAACCAUAGCUUUUUGUAAAAAGUUUAUCAAGUUUAAAAAGGAUAAUAAAAAUAUAACAAUCACAACAGAAGAUAUAGAAGAAGCGUUAUUAACAUGUAUCAAAAUAGUGCAAAAUGAAGAAUUCGAAACUGAAAUAGAUUCGUUAAAGAAAAAGAACAAUAUUAAAAAGAACAGUAAAUUGAAGACGCUUAAUCCAUUUUUAGAUAAUAAUGGAGUGCUCAGGGUGGGCGGAAGAUUAGCAAAAUCAAGUUUAGAAACAAAUACUAAACAUCCUAUAAUCAUUGGAAACAACAACACUCUUGUCUCACUUAUUAUCGCCGACGCUCAUAAAACAACAUUACAUGGAGGUAUUCAGCUAAUGCUUUGUUAUUUACGCUCUAAAUAUUGGGUAUUGCGUGCAAAAGACAUGACAAAGAAGCAUAUCCAUCGAUGUCUAAUUUGCGCUAAGGAAAGUGCAAAGGUAAAAACUCAAUUAAUGGGUGAUUUACCUUCCGUUCGUACUACACCUUCUCGACCAUUUAUCAAUGCAGGUGUAGAUUUCGCUGGUCCAUUUCAAAUUUUGAUGAACAAAGGAAGAGGUAUCAAAACAAACAAAGCCUACACUGCAAUUUUUGUCUGUAUGUCUACUAAAGCAAUUCACUUAGAACUUGUCGGUGACAUGACGUCAAAUUCAUUCAUAGCUGCAUACAGACGAUUUACAUCAAGAAGAGGCAAAUGCGCACAUCUUUGGAGUGAUCAGGGAAAAAACUUCGUAGGAGCAAACAAAGAGUUAUGUAAAGCAUGGGAAGAAGCAAAAUUGCAAUUUGAUCAAGAAAUCAUAGACAGCUUAGCAAAUGAUGGCACUCAGUGGCACUUCAUUCCUGCAUACUCACCAAACUUCGGAGGACUCUGGAUGGUGUAACUAGAGUUUAUAGUGUUAAAAAUGGAAAUAAUAUUGUAAAACGAUCUGUAUCUAAUCUUUGCUAUCUCCCAAUUAAUGAAGCUUAAGUGCCAAAUUGUUAAAGUAUAUAUUAAGGGUUUGCAUGUAAUCUUUUGAAAGGACAUUAAAGGUCCUUUGGUGGGCGGAUAUGUUCAGUCAUAUUAUGUUUGUAAUUUUAAUUUAGUAAUAAAGUAGAUUCAACGCGAA